AGCAAAGGUUCUUUUAUUUUGCAUCUCUACUAGGUCAAUGUUGUGCAUUGAUUUCUAUUUCAACAAAGAACAAGAAGCAACACAAAGUUUACAAAUGGCAAUUCCAUUGGUACCGUCCGUCUUUUCCUGGUCGAUCGACGCGGUGCGGGAGCAAACGAACCCGGGAAACAGGAAUUCAUUGCAAAAGUAUCGUAAUCGUACUAGUAUACAUCGCAAUACAAAUUGCCUCAACAUGAGAAAUGGAAUUUGUGAUGCUGUUUUACCUUAGGAAGAAGAUUUGUCAUGCAUAUUUGCAAUUACUACGAGUACGAUACUUUUGAACAGGAUAGCAGGCAUUGGUCACUGGUAUCCGGCUUCAUGUUUCUUUUUUGUGUUUCACAGACAGUGAGGAAAAGUUUACUCUGUGCAACAUUUAUGAAUAUGCAAAUGCGGUGCUAUUUUUCUUUAUUCAACGAGGUUCAAACUUGGAAAAAAAACAUGCGCACGACACACAAUAGAACUGCAGACCUCGACUGAAUCAAAAAUAGGAACCCAGCACG